AUGAAGGUCCAAACGGCGACAUUUGUCGCAUCUUCUGUCUCCGCCGUCACCCUGAUAGCAUGUUUGCUAGCGAUGUUCUCUAUUUAUUCCGAUGUCACCAGUCUCUGGAUAGAGCUUGAAGAGGAACUUGGCAGUUUCAGGCUUACAACGGACGACCUUUGGAAGGACAUAAUGAGCAUCGGGACCAAGAAGCGAAUUCGACGUCAGUAUGAGCACUCGGAAAAACCACAACCAGCCACGAAUUACAACGAUGGGUCUCCCUCAGUCCCUCCUGGCAGUCCUCCAUCUACCCCACCAGUGUUCGCCCAGAACCCAGGGGUAUCAGCUAACUGCAACUGCAACGCCGACAACAAAUGUCCUGCCGGACCUCCUGGACCAAAAGGUACACCGGGUCCUCGUGGCCCUGACGGAUUCCCCGGACAAGAUGGCAAGCCUGGUGUUGACUCUGAAGAUGUUGCUCCACAACGUGACACAAAAGGAUGCUUCUACUGCCCGGUUGGACCCCCAGGUCCACCAGGGGCACUUGGACGCCCAGGACCAAGAGGACUCGCAGGACCCAAAGGUCAUGAUGGAAAUCCGGGACGAGAUGGAAUGCCUGGUAACCCGGGAGAACAAGGGCCAGCCGGACCGAUUGGAAAGAUUGGCGAGCCAGGGCCACCAGGAGAAAAGGGCCGUGACGCAGAACACCCAAUCGGACGUCCUGGAGCAAAGGGUCCUCGUGGAGACGCGGGUCUACCUGGUCCACCUGGUCUCAACGGACUGAAUGGACCACCUGGCGAGCCUGGACCGGUAGGACCACCAGGACCACAAGGAGGGAUUGGACCGAUGGGACCUGACGGCGAGCCGGGCGAGGAAGGACCAGAUGGACGCCCAGGAAAGGAUGCAGAGUACUGUCCUUGUCCCGAUCGUGCUUCUGAUUCCGCUGUGCAGAAUGGAUACAGAGGCCUCUGA